AUGCCACCUAUCAAAUUUGAAGACAUUCCGGAUGAAUGCAUUGGAGAGAUUAUUGAGGCGCUAAUGUGCGAGCCGACAAUCUCCAACCUUAAGUCGCUGUCUUUGACAAACCGUCGACUGCGUGCGAUCUCAGUGCACUAUUUAGUCCGAGGCAUUUCAUUACGCCUACCUUGUAGGAUCUCGGCAUUUUGUCGCCAGAUAGACCGCCUCACAUCUCUUCUGUGGCGAUAUGAUGCCUUCUCCUCUGUUCGCUGUCUGGUCGCUGGCCCGUGGUAUCCCCAGGACAAUGACGAAACCAUAAAGUUCGACUUGGCCGAUCUGAACCCAGUCUACGGGCCAGCAGAUAAGAACGUCUUUCAGAACGGCGAGCUUGAAGUCGAGGCUAAUCAAGACUGUGUCAGUAACAUCCUGAUCGAGCUCUUGGACAGACUUCCAGGACUCAAGGACUUUCAUUGUCCGGCGACAUUGCCUGCUGCGUUGCUCCAUGCGCUGGAGGUGAAGCAUCCAAAGUGCCGGCUUCAUAUCUACUACUUUGACAACGACAGUGCAGUGAACAUGAACUUGGUCACUUCGCCGUGCCUCUACAGCAUUCGUUGUAUUUAUUCCGACGCUUCUAGGGCCGGCCGACCGAAAUGCAACUUGAAAAGCCGUAUAAUGGCAAUUAUCGCCGGCAUGGCACCCUCGUUACAAGAAGUCUGGAUGCUCAACGAGAGGGUCGACGAGCCUUUGUUUCCGUCUGAAGAAGCCGAAAACGCAUACUGGGAACGCCAAGGAGUCCCAUUUGCACCGCAUCACAUGUUCAGAGAACAGGCGUUUCCGUCAAGGCUGGGGCAACUCAAAAGAUUGCAUCUUGAGGGCCACUGUCGAUAUCCGAUUCGACUCGACCAAUGGGCCAACGCGACCGAUUUCACCCUUCUGGAGUCGUUGGAAAUUGGAAUCAAUGUCGAUGGACCGGAUCUCGAUUCGCUUCAGGUGCAUGGCAUUUUCCCUCGCCUCAAAUCGAUGUCUUUGCGCUUAUAUGAUAUGUUGGCACGUGACCUCGAGACUAAGAAGAGGCAGCAGCUCAUCAACAUCCUCCACAACCUGCCACCUUUGCAGUCACUCAAACUCACUGGGUACACUUGGCCAGAGAUACCAACCCAAGCAGUCCAGGUGCACGGUCAGUCUCUCCAAACAUUAGUUUUGUUCCCCGGUUCUUCAGAGGAUGAUUACGAAUCAGGCUGGUUGCGCGGGUGUUAUUCCAGACAAUCUCUGUCCACAAAACACGUUCUGAACAUAUUAUAUCAGUGCCCGUUGCUUGAGGACCUAAGGAUACCAGUAGAGAGAACAUACGCAAACGCUCACGAUCCCGCCAUAUACAAGAAGAUGGGCGCCCUCAGACGCCUGAGAUCGGCAACGAUAUACAUGGACUGCUUCUCUGUACCAGGUGAAGGCCGGACGAUAUAUGAGGCGCCGGAGUUAUUUUGGACCGAUCGGUACAACGCCGCAGUCGAAGAAAUGCAGGACUUCUUGCGUGUUUGCGCGUUGGACGAAGAUCUCGCGCGGGAUAUUCUCAAUACAAUAACUGGAGAGCGAGCCACGCAUGUUCUUCAAAAGCUACGCAUUCGGUCCUCUGCAAACGCGAAAGAAGCAGGUGAUGUAUAUGGAACCGAGAUGGGCACCAUAAUUCAUAAUUUAGCAAAGGAUUAUACCUUUACUAAGGAAGCAGACGGCUCCAUGGCGGGAUACGCAGAGUGGUCGGACGACGCGGAUGUGAGUUCAUCAUGCUGGGCGAUGGAGAUUUUCCGUAAAAACUGGCCAUUGAACUCUAGCUCUGGAAAUAGCUGGAAAGAUGAUUGGAAAGGCAUACCUCUCGAGGUAGGACGUCCAAAGCUGGGGAAGCGUAAGAGAGAAGAAUGA